AUUGCUGCACAUCACAGAGUGGUAUAUCUGAGAGCAAGUCAGUCUGGACCCGCGUUCCUUUGGAUCUUUUGACAUUCAUGCUGUCACUAGCACCAAACCUUGGUCUGAAAUAGUAAUCACAGGAUCACAUCUUCUUCUGAUCAUUGAAUAGCCUUGCUAUCUGGACUCAAAUUACAAUUGACUCUGGUGUUGUUUGAUCUCGGCGGCAGGACCAGGAGAAGGCCGGCUCCAUAACCGUUACGCGACAUCUGUUGGUUCCUAGUUGUUAUCACGCAGACCCGCUGCCCCAAAUGCCCGCAGUUCCAUUCACUGUUAAGGGAAUAUUUGAAUACACCUCCGACCAUGAAGAUGAUCUUACAUUUUCGAUUGGACAAAUCAUUACGGUAACAGCAGAGGAGGAUGAAGAAUGGUAUUAUGGGGAGUAUACAGAUGAGGCUGGAACCAAGAAGGAGGGCAUCUUUCCUAGGAACUUCGUGGAAAGAUACGAACCGCCAGCGCCACCCCGACCUUCAAGACCAAGCAAGCCAAAAAAGGACUCUGAACACCCUCUGCAUGCCGAGGCCGUUCCCCAACCACCUCAAGUCGCCAGCAGCCCCGCACCACCAAGUCCGGAAUUUGAGGCCCCACCAUCGAUUGAAAGGGAGACCGAAUCCAAACCACCUCAUCCCGUUCCUCCUCCACCCGCAGAGAUUCACAUAUUAGCUGCUCCUCCCCCUCCUCAGGCACCAUCACAGCAGCAACCUACGAGCGCCACGCAGCGAACGGAAUUUAAACCCCCGCCUCCACCAAUCGCCGAGAAGCCUACAGGAACUUCUUUCAGGGAUAGAAUUGCAGCAUUUAAUAAGCCUGCAGCGGCACCAAUAGCGCCAUUUAACCCAAGCGCAGCAACUUUAAACUCGAGCGCCUUUAUCAAGAAGCCUUUUGUUGCGCCGCCUCCAAGCAAAAAUGCUUACGUUCCGAUGCCAGUCGAAGCGCCUCCCCAGAGGGUAUAUAAGCGGGAAGAAGACCCAGAGGUUAUGGAACCCCACCAAGAAAGACUAGCUACAGAUCGAUCACCCCCUCCUCCACCCGAAGCCGCUGAUGAUGAGGACAAGCCCAAGCCUACCUCUCUAAAAGAACGAAUUGCACUCCUGCAAAAGCAGCAACUUGAGCAGGCAGCACGGCAUGCAGAAGCAGCUCAAAAGAAAGAGAAGCCGAAGAAGCCACCUCCGAAAAAACGCGUGGAACCGCAAGAAGCUCCGGACCACGUGGACUCCGUUCCUGGUGCGGAAUUAGAAAGAACUGAUACAUCGGAAACAGCCAAGGAAUCUCACACAGGGGUGGAGCACCGUGAUGAUACCGGUCCACCCCAACACCGGGCGCCUAUUCUGCCCUCCACGAUGAGCGCUGCACAUCCUUCGCCAGAACAUACAAGUGAUCCCAAUGACGCUGACCACUCCGGCACAGGGGAUACCGAAGAAGCGGAGGAAACUUCAGCUAGCAAGGAGGAUGGUGAUGAGAAACUAGCGAAGCACGGCCUAGGUAUGACUCAAGGUGAACAAGAAGACCAGAUCGACCAAGGGGGUGCUAAGGGCGAAGACGUAGAAGAAGAAGAGGAAGAGGAGGAAGAGGAGGAUAUUGACCCUGAAAUCAAAAGGAGAAUGGAACUUCGUGACCGUAUGGCGAAAAUGAGUGGCGGGAUGGGCAUGAUGGGUAUGUUUGGUCCACCACCUGGCAUACCAGGCAUGUCAGGUAGUGGAUAUAAAAAGCCACAACCCAGCCAUUCAGCCAGUGCUGAAGCCAAAUCUCCGGAUGAAGAGCGCUCGACUCCAGCAUAUGCAACCCCGGUCCCAGUUAUGGUUCUGCCGGGAAUGCAGUCACGCAAACAAGAAUCAAUAAAGUCUCCCACUGAAAUCAAGGGAGAUGAGAUAGAUACACAGUUGACAACUGCCGUCCAAACUCCCAAAAUGACCACUGAAGAGGCCGAUGUACAUCCUUCGCAGCCCAAGAUGCAGAGGGCACCCCCGCCUCCACCACAAGAAGAACGCUCCCCGCCGCUUCCGCCCGGCCAUUCCAGGCCAGUCCUGCCACCUAUGCCAGGAGAUCGACCAAUCAGCCCUUCUCCGCCUCCAGAGUCGCGCCCCGCCCCACUGCCACCAACAAGGAGAACAAUGUCUCCAAGUCUCGGCGAAGAGUCAGACGACGAACUCUCUGCUGCACCUGGUAAUUUACAAGCAGAGAGCCAGUCAAGCGACGGCUGUACAGCUGCGGUUCUACCUGACCGAAAGAACGAUGCGGCACCACCUUUGAGACCCCCUACUUCUGAGAAACGUUUAAGCCAUCCACCUCCUGUUCCACAGGUGCUCCCUACUUUGCCAUCGGCUGCUCAAACUCGCCCGCCUCCACCGCCUCCGCCCUUUCCCGUAAGUCGUAAAUCAACGAACGACAGUCGAAUGAGUGUGCGCACGCAAACCGGCCUCCCAGGCCAUGACACAGAAGAGGAGAUCACAGAAUAUGAGGGAGAUUAUGAUACCGACAUUGCUUCUAGCGCCAAACAUAAAGAUGCUCUGAAGGCGCACGGACGUGAUUCAAGUGUAGACGAAGGCACCAUUACGGAUGAAUUCAGCACUCAAUCUCCUCAAAGUCCAGUGGAUAUACGCCCACCUCCCCCUCCUACCAUGGCUCCUCGCGCAGCUCCUCCGCCCCCUCCAAGAUCCAUGCGACAAUCUAUCGACAUGCCAAGAAUGCCUCCCCCUCCUAUCCCGCCUCCUAAGAAUCAUGCACACGAUGAGGAUGAAUACGAUCCAUAUAGAUAUGAUACCCAUCCAGCCGCCCCACCUUCCCGGGGUGCACCGACCGCCACGAAGUCACCCUCAGAAGAAGCUGGUGGGGAAGAUUUCUAUCCUGAAUCAUCGCCUAGAAAGUCCAUUCACUCUUCUCCUCCUCCAAAUCCGCCUUCUCUGCAAAGUGCAUCUCGGAGCCAGCCUUCUCGUGGAUCAGUUGACCUCCUCAGAAGUCAAUCCAAUACUCGUAGGUCUAUGGAUAUCCAACGGCCGCCUAUGGAAGGUUAUAUUGCAAGUGAUGUCGACCUUGGAGAAGGCACAUUUUGGUGGACACAACCCAAUACUCCUCCCCCUGUCUUUCAAAAUAGAAGAGAUAUAAUGUACGAAGUUGAGGAAUCGUCAUCCACCAAAAGAGGGGGCAAGACCACGAUUUCCAAAGACGUUUAUGUUUUGUUUAUGGAUUAUUCCCAAACGAUUAUCACAGUUCAGUUCGAUUCGAAGAAUCCUGGUGACGUUAUCCUUGAACAGCGUCAUGAGGCGCCGCCACCGCGCCUCCGUCAAGAUCAACUUGAAAACGCCCACGCUCUGUUUGGAUCUCGACUUUCGGAAUCUGUAGCCUCCAAACAAAACACAAUUGUCGGCGACGGAACGUCCUAUAGUUUAGUACAGUCCCUCCUCACUCCCUUUUCCGAUGCCCUUCUCCCGGUUGGUUCCCGUGCAUUCGGAGCUGCGGUGUACUCCAAUCUAGCCAACGCUUCCGUCCAGCAAUAUGAUGAGAUUCGUCCCGGUGAUAUUGUCACAUUUCGCAACGCUCGUUUCCAAGGUCAUCGGGGAACGAUGCAUCAAAAAUAUAAUGUUGAGGUUGGAAAGCCUGAUCACGUUGGAGUUGUUGUUGACUGGGACGGGACAAAGAAGAAAAUUAGAGCGUGGGAGCAAGGCCGAGAGAGCAAGAAAGUCAAGAUUGAAAGUUUCAAGUUGGGUGACUUAAAGAGUGGAGAAUGCCGUGUCUGGAGAGUUAUGCCUCGAAGUUGGGUUGGCUGGGAUGGAGAGAAAUCAUAACUUUCAUGAUCUUAUGUCUUCUCUCGCUCUCUAAUGAGCUCUCAGGGUUUUACCAUGCCCAAUGUAUUGGACAUUGGAAUAAAGAAUGAUGGCGAGACCACAUGAAAUUGAAGAAUCAUUUUGAUCAAGCUCAGCAUAAUCCUGUUGUUGUUACGAUGCAAUUUUCUGAUUCACUCGCUGGCACCAGUUGGAAUUAAUCUGCCUUUUCCCGCUUGUGUGUAUUCUGUGAUUCUUUUUUCUCCCUGCAUGCAUAUUGACAUAUCAUCAUACCUCUUCCUGUACAGCUGGCUUGUAUCUAGUUUUACUCUUAGCCGCAUAACAGAAUUUCCUUGGGGGUUAAAAGAAUGGAGGCUGCUGUUGUCA